AUGUCUGCUUUCAUAUCUCGCAGAGGUGCCGUGCGUGGCAUGCAGGCUCUGCGUCGCUUGGAAACAUCCACGUUUGUGCAGCCAAGCCAAAGAUUCAGAUGGCAGUACUGCCGAAGCUUGUCGCAAACAGCCCGCUUGUAUAGUCAACAAGAUGCUUCACUUUCCGCACAGACGGACAAGAGGCAGUGGUCAACACCUUUGGCCGAGCAGCUAGCUGCGGCCAUUUCGACCACGGGACCCAUCCCACUUGCUAGCUAUAUGCGUAUGUGUCUGACUGCAGACGUUGGUGGCUACUAUACUGGCGCCAUUGAGCAAGGCAGGGACCAAUUUGGCCUGAAGGGCGACUUUGUGACAUCACCCGAAGUCUCCCAGGUGUUUGGCGAGCUCAUUGCCAUCUGGUUUGUUGCAGAAUGGAUGUCCCAGGGUCGCCCCUCGAGCGGAGUCCAGCUCAUGGAAUUGGGCCCAGGAAGGGGAACUUUGAUGAGUGACGUUCUCCGGACAAUCCGAAGAUUUGGCGACAUGUCUAACAGCCUCGAUGCCAUAUACAUGGUUGAGGCAAGCCCGGAGUUACGCAAAGCCCAGAAGAACCUGUUGUGUGGCGAGGAUGCGCCCCUGACGGAGUCUGAAGUCGGCUACCAUAGCGUCUAUCCUGAUAAGACCCCAUUUUUUGUUGCCCAUGAAUUCUUUGACGCGCUGCCAAUACACACUUUCAUGAAUGUGCCAGUCCCGUCUGAGAAGUCGGCUGGGACAGCAACCCCCAGCUCAGCCCCGGAGACGACCCUCAAGUCAACUCUCGAAUGGCGUGAGCUCGUCGUGUCACCAACACCUCCGGGAUCGACGCAUGAGAGCCUCAACACUCCUGCCACGCAACGGAGGGAUACACCGCCACCGGACUUCCAGCUGACGCUCUCACCCUCGGCGACUCGGCACUCACGGUACCUCCCAGACUCAUCGCCGCGCUACAGAGCCCUGAAGAAAGUUGCAGACGCACAGAUCGAGGUGUGCCCAGAUGCAUCCCUAUACGCCAGUGACAUUGCAUCACGUAUCGGUGGUUCGGCUCAAAAUCCGAAGCCACGGCCUAGCGGAGCAGCCUUGAUCCUAGACUAUGGCCCAGGCGAUGGCACGAUUCCGAUCAACUCGCUCAGGGGCAUUCGUCGUCAUCAGCGCGUCAGCCCCUUUGUCGAGCCUGGUCUCACUGACCUGAGCGCUGAUGUCGAUUUUGCUGCUGUGGCCGAGGCCGCCAUGCGUGCUAGUGAGGGGGUGGAGGUUCACGGACCUGUUCCACAAGGGUACUUCCUUGAGGCUAUGGGCAUCAAACAGAGAGCCGAUAGCCUAAUCAAGAACUGCAAGGAGCCAUCAAAGGCUGCUGAUGUCGAUCGGGCUUGGAAGAGGCUUGUGGAUCGGGGACCGAAUGGCAUGGGCAAAAUAUAUCAAGCCCUGGCCAUCUUGCCAGAAAACGAUGGCAAGCGUCGUCCAGUCGGAUUCGGUGGUGACAUUGGGGAAUAA